GGCUGUUAGCCCUCUCCUCCCCUGGUUACUGAUCAUGGCACAAUGUCUAGGAGUAUAAAACGCAGGACCACUCCUUUCACGGCGUCUGGUGACUUCCUCUCAUUUCCGUAGCUGGACAGGGGUGUGUGUUGCCCCGUGUAAGCGAGGAUGGCGACGCUUGUGGAAUCUGCAGACAUUGAGACUUUAAGCAGUUCGAGCAACGUUAUGGCAUCCCCAAUGUCCGCGAGUCUCUCGCACCGUUUUGACGACAACAAAUUUUACCUGCUUGUGGUUAUUGGAGAAAUAGUCACGGAGGAUCAUUUGAAGUGUGCCAUUGCGGAUAUAGAAAAAGGGAUUCGCUCAUGGGACACCAACCUCAUUGACUGUAACCUGGAUCAGGAACUAAAGCUCUUUGUCUCCAGACAUUCAGCCCGUUUCUCUGCAGAUGUACGAGGGCAGAGAAUUCUUCACCACAAAAGCAGCGUUCUCGAGACAGUAGUGCUUAUCAACCCCUCAGAUGAAGCUGUCAGCACUGAGGUUUGUCAGAUGAUCUCAGACACAGCCAGAAACAAGCUGCUGGUGCUUUCAGGACAAAGCUUUGAAAACACAGGAGCACUGAUUUUGCAGUCUGGCUCCUUCUCUUUCUUCAACUUCAUAGAAAUAUUCACAGACCAAGAGAUUGGUGAAUUACUUAGCACUAUUCGCCCAGCAAACAAGGCAAGCCUAACCCUCUAUUGCCCUGAGCAAGGUGACUGGAAAAACUCAAACUUGGACAAACACAACCUACAAGACUUCAUCAACAUGAAGCUCAAUUCACCACUGAUACUCCCAGAGAUGGAAGGUCUCUCAGAGUUCACAGAAUACCUGUCGGAGUCAGUAGAAAUCCCAUCGCCAUUUGACAUGCUGGAGCCUCCGACCUCUGGCGGUUUCCUGAAGCUCUCAAAACCAUGCUGCUACAUUUUCCCCGGCGGCCACGGCGACUCUGCCCUCUUUGCGGUGAAUGGGUUCAACAUGCUCAUCAACGGGGGCUCAGACCGCAAGUCCUGUUUCUGGAAGCUGGUGAGACACCUAGACCGGGUAGACUCCAUCCUCCUGACCCACAUCGGGGACGACAACCUGCCAGGCAUCAACAGUAUGCUUCAGAGGAAGAUGGCUGAGCUGGAGGAAGAGCAGUCACAGGGCUCCCAAGCUACUGGCGACUGGUUGAAGAACCUCAUAUCCCCAGACAUUGGGGUUGUGUUCUUGAACACCCCUGAUAAUCUGGGGAACCCUGCUGAACCCAACUUCAGGGUGAGGAGGAACAUUGAAGAGGCAGCACACACACUCCAUUACCUGAGCAAGUUGAAUCUGAGGCCCGAGCCUUUGCAGAGGCCGGUCGGGAACACUAUCGAACCCAUCAUUCUGUUUCAGAAGAUGGGCGUGGGGAAGCUUGAGAUGUAUGUGCUGAACCCGUCGAAGAACAGCAAGGAGCUGCAACAUUUUAUGAAGCAGUGGACAGGCAGCGAGAAAGACAAAGCCACUGUUAUUCUGCCCAAUGGAAAAGAAUCUGAGCUCCCAAUUUCUUAUAUGACCUCAAUCUCUUCCUUGAUUGUGUGGCACCCAUCAAACCCUUCAGAGAAGAUAGUACGUGUCCUGUUUCCAGGCAAUGCCUCACAGUAUCACAUUCUUGAAGGUUUGGAAAAACUAAAACACUUGGACUUCUUGAAGCAGCCAGUUGUCACCCAGAAGGAGCUAUCUUCAAACUUGGCACCAGCUCUAAAGCAAGCAAAGCUGAAACAUAAAACUGACAGCAAGGAGAGUUUGAAGUCAGUCUCUAGGCCAUCACCAAGCAAAAGUUUCAAAAAGGAGUCAAAGGAGGAGGCUCCAGAGAAGGCAAAGACAGAUGCAGAAUCGGCUCAAGAAAAGACUAACAAAUUUGAGAAAAAAGACAAACCUUUGGUGAAAAAAGAAAAAGCGAAAGCCCCGGAAAAAGAAGUGAAGGUGAAAGCAGAGCCAACUACCGAAACUCCAGAAAAGAAGAAGGCUGAAAUGAAACCAAAAGCUCUUAAGGAGAAGAUUAUCAAAAAAGAACCCAGGAAGUCUGUAGAUAAGAAAAAUGAUGAAAAGGAGGUAAAGAAAGAAGUAGUGAAGAAAGAUGAUAAGCUAACAUCUAAAAAGGAAGAAACACCCAAAACGGAACAGAAGCAAGAAACACCCAAAAAGGAACAGAAGGUGAAGAAAGACAUUUUAAAGAAAGACAGAGAUUUCAGGAGGGAUUCCCCCAUGAAGGUGAGGAAGGAAGAGAAUAAGGAGCAAAAGAAAGACGAUCUAAAGAAAGACAUAAAGAAGCCAUCCAAGGAUUUAAAAAAUACUCCAUCUGCUUUAGGCGAAGGGAAAAAACUUGCAGCAAAACCAAAACCUCUGAAAAAAGAUGACACUACAAAGAAAGACUUUGGAAGCCCUUCCAAGUCCAAGGCAAAACUGAAAGUCACCAAGAAGGACCUCAAGGCCACAGAUGCUAAAUCUGCUGUUGCAGGAGCUGCAGCUGUCACAGCAGGAGUGGUAGCCACUGCCACUUGUGCUGCAGAGGUCCUUGAGACAGAUAGAGCCAUGAUGUCUUCUCCAGAGGACCUCACUAAGGACUUUGAAGAGCUCAAAGAAGAGGAGAUCUUUCAGGAAGAAGAGCCGGUGGUGAUCCACAGAGAGGACCUCAUGCACUCUAAGGAGUCCCCUGAAGCAGCAGAGUCUCUGGAUGAGGGGAUCACAACCACUGAGCAUGAAGGAGAAAGCGGGGAGACUCCAGAGGAACAAGAGCAUAAAGGGAAGUUGAGCGGCAGCGGCAGUGAGAAGUUUGAAGAUGAGGGAACUGGGCUAGAUUAUGAAGAGAAGGGAGAGACAGAAGAGGUCCAUGAGCCAAUGAGAAGGGAAAUGGACAACCAUAAACAUGCUGAUGACAGUGAAGAUGAGGACUCUGAAGACGAGGAUGCAGAGCCAGACCAAUGUGGAAAAGAUCUUAACAGAAAUGAAAGAGAAGUACAGAAGUGGGGCCUGUCGGUGACACCCCCUCCCAAAACUUCUGAGCCUCUCUCUCCGUCUGCAUCUAUUCAUGAUGAGACCCUUCCAGCUGGCUCUGAUGACGAAGCAGCCUCAGAUGAUGAGAACCGUGACGAGGCAUACACUGCUACAUCUGGCCACACCCAGUCAACUAUUGAGAUCUCCAGUGUGCCAACUCCAAUGGACGAAAUGUCCACUCCAAGGGACAUUAUGAGUGACGAGACUACUAACGAUGAGACAGAGGAUUCUCCCUCUCAGGACUUUGCCAGGUUUGGAGGAACAAUGUUAGGAGACCUUGAGAGGAAGCGGCUGUCUCCACUACACGACGGCCCAGAGUCAGACCAUUCAAAGAGCGAUGCCACCGAAGGAAGGGACUACAACGCUUCUGCAUCCACAAUAUCUCCACCAUCGUCACUGGAAGAGGACAAAGAGGAAGGGUUCAAGUCCGACAAAUUUGGUCUUGAUUCAGCAAGCUCUAUACUCACCACUACUUCACCUCUCAUCCGCUCCCCUUCAGCUCCCAAAGGAACCUUUGACUCAUACUUAUCUGGAUUCGCGGCACCAAUUGAACUGUGCACAACACUUUCAGGAUCAUCAAAGGCAGCAGCUGGGUCUUCUACUAGCCCAGAUGACAAGACAUUGGAAGGUACCACCUCACCUCAUUCCUCUGGUCACACCCCUUACUUUCAGUCUCCCGUGGAUGAGAAGGCUGGCUCUAUAGCACCUGCAAAUGACCAUGGGCCUGUAAUUGUAGAAGUUACAAGUGAUAAAGAAGAUUCCAACAGGGUCAGCCCCAUGGAUGACCCAAUUCCUGACCACACCUCGACUGUAGAGAAGGUGCUGUCCCCAAUCAAGAGCCCGCCGCCUGUAGUAGAAGGAAAGUUACACUUUGAUUUAGAUCAUAUGUCAACAAUGCACUCGAGUCAAGAUGAGAAGAAAAAUGGGGCUAGCGACAAUACCUCAUUCUCAUCCACAAACCCAUUCGCAGGUUUCAAAGAGGAGAGUAAAAUGUCGAUCUUGGAGGCAACCACGUCUGAUAAAUCGGGUAGCCCUGUAGAUGAGGCUGUAGCAGAGGACACUUUUUCACACAUCGCCUCGGCUUCCACUGCCUCACUGGCCACCAGCUCAUUCCCAGAGCCUAUGACAGAUGACGUUUCCCCUGCUCUCCAUGGUGAAGCCGGUUCCCCUCUAUCAACAGAGGUGGAGGACUCCCUAUCUGUCUCUGUGGUUCAGACUCCAACCCCUUUUCAGGAGGCAGAGGUCUCUCCUAAGGGGGAGAGCCCCAGGCCCAUGUCAAUAUCUCCAGACAUCUCACCAAAGACAGCCAAAUUAAGGACACCAGUGCAGGAGCCUAAAUCCCCAGAGCAUUCCACCAUGUCAUUUGGCCAGGAGUCCCCUGAUCACUCAUUAGCCCUAGAUUUCAGCAAACAGUCUCCAGAGCACCCUUCUGCAGGCAGCCUGCGCGCCACAGAGAACGGACCAACAGAGGUGGACUACAGCCCCUCAGAGGGGAAUGAUCUGAGAUCCUCCGAGCAGUACAGACCCACUGUAGACAAGCCUAUGCUUUUCAAAGACAAUGACUCAGGUCGCGCCACUUCUGCGUCCCCAUCAGACGCAUCUCAGUCCACCCCCUCGACAACUACGCCUUGUCAGAUGAGGGAAAUGUCACCGGGCUUAGCCCAGCAGAUGGACAAAUCCCCUGCCACCCCGAAAGGGUCUUCCCCCUCAUCCCCCUCCUAUUCUUGCUUCACUCAGAAAACAGAUAUGCCCCUAGGAGCAGAGACUAAUCCCUUCAAAUGUGGUGGAGAUUCCAAAUCCCCUGUCAGCCCCAAGGUUCCCUCCCCAUCCUACAUACCACUCUCUUUCAACCACUCCGACUAUAAGAAGUGUGCAGGUGGUUCCAAGGACCCAGACUCCUCCCAGAAGAGCCCCUCUCCUGGGUCUAGGACAGAUGUUGACCUUUGCCUUGUGACCUCUUGUGAAUACCGCCACCCUAAGACAGAGCUGUCCCCAUCCUUCAUCAACCCCAGUCCUUUGGAGUACUUCAUGAAUGAGGAGAAUCCUCUGGAGGAGGAAAAGCCUCUGGCUAAGUCAGGUGGAGGACCUCCACCCCCUGGUAGUAAACUCCACGCUAAGCAAUGUGAAGAGACCCCACCAACCUCCAUCAGUGAAUCCGCCCCAUCCCAGACGGAUUCGGAUGUUCCCCCUGGGACAGAGGAGUGUCCCUCUAUUACUGCGGAUGCAAACAUAGACUCUGAGGAUGAUUCUGAGACACUACCAACAGACAGGACCCUGACUUACAGACAUGCUGAUCCUCCUCCCGUGGCUCCCAGGGACUCUGCUCCAUCUCCAGCCCACCCAGAUGUCACCAUGGUGGAUCCGGAGGCCGACAAGCCCCCCGCUGACGACAACAACCAGACUAAGGACAAGGACUCAAAGGCAGAGGGAGCUGAGAAAGCUAAGAAGAAGAAACUCACCAAGACCAAGUCCUCCUCACCAGUCAGAAAGACUGGCCUUUCAAAAGUAAAGGAUUCAAAAGCAAUGGCCUCUCCUAAGAAAAGUGUAGGAGAAGGGAAAGAUGCCAAAAAUGCAACCAAUAGCUCUGCAUCCAGGGGUGUGAAAAGUGCCACAUCAGGUUCAGGUAGUGGAAAGGCAGCAACUGCAAUACCCAUACCCAACUGCCCUCCCAUGUACAUGGAUUUGGUUUACAUCCCAAACCACUGCAGCGCCAAGAAUGUGGAUGCAGAGUUCUUCAAACGGGUCAGGUCAUCCUACUAUGUAGCAAGUGGCAAUGACCAGACAGCCCAGGAGCCCAGCAAAGCUGUCCUGAACUCACUGCUGGAGGGCAAAGCCAUGUGGGGAAACAACAUGCAGGUGACCCUGAUCCCAACUCAUGACUCAGAGGUGAUGAGAGAGUGGUACCAGGAGACCCAUGAGAAGCAGCAGGACCUGAACAUCAUGGUGCUGGCCUCCAGCUCCACCGUGGUCAUGCAGGACGAGUCCUUCCCUGCCUGCAAGAUAGAGCUGUGAACCUGAUCCUGGGCCUCGUUCCAUUCCAAAUUAUGCUUCUCUUCUUCCCUUAACUUCUCCCUUCACUGGAGUGUUCACUCUAUUGACGUUACAAGACGUUUCUGUUAGGGAGCACCUUCUGAUGGAGGGAAGGGGUCGUAGUAAUUUGGAUUGGAACAACCCUCUGGACUCUCCUGAUCAAAUGAUCUAGUAACCGAGAGAUCUAGUGAUCAAGUGGAUCAUGUUGUUAGUGGUAUCUUUGAGUUGGGGUGAGGGAUGACGUAGACAGAAAGUAAAUGUAAACGCAUGUCAUUUAAACAAAGGCUGUGUGCCAACAUUAAUGAAAUAUACAUAGCCGUCAUUAAAAUGAUGUUCUGGUUUGAAAAAACAAUGGCAAACAUACUUGUUUUAAUGAAGUCCACAAUACCCAAAAGAAGUAUCUGACACAAGUAUCAGCUUUGUGGAGCACUUUGAGUAAGGAAAUGUCAUAGCAAUAUCCUGUACGGAAUGAAAAAUUGUAUCUGACAACUAUAGAGAACAUAAAAUGAGAACAUAGAAUGCUCCAACUGUAUAAAUUGGUGCUCUUGACGUAGAUUGAUUUUUUCAGAAAACAACAUUUCCCAUGAGCACCAAUUAUCAAUAAAUUAUCAAGUCAAAACAAUAUAGAACAAUUCAUGACAAUAUACUUGUUCAUACUGGGGACAGAAAAAGGUCUGUCAAUAAUACAAAAUGAUUGAGAUAUUAUGAUGAAAUCUAUUUGUCCUCAAGGUUGGGACUACACGUCAAAAUAUGUACAAUUCUGGUACAUGCCGUUACUUUCUUAAUGUAAUCCAUUACAGUUACUAGUUACCUGUCUAAAAUUGUAAUCAGUAACAUACAUUUUGGAUUACCCAAACUCAGUAAUGUAAUCUGAUUACUUUUGGGUGACUUUCCCCUUUAGACACAUUAGAAGAAGACACAAAGGAUCCAUCAAAACGCAUUUGGUGUGUCAUCCUAUUGAUCUCUGACUUGUGGCCACACUCACUGGUGGAACAACCUUAAACUUGCGCCUUUGUUCAAUGCUGAAUUGAAUGUCAUUGAGAGAACAGAAAGGUGUCAAUGUAUUUUUCGCAAACAUCCUUUCUGAAUUGAAAAAUUAAUCCAACUAGUAGUCAUCUAGUUUUUCAAAAGUAUCUGUAAUCCGAUUACAAUACAACUGAUUACAGUCACAGUUUUUCCCGUGUAAUGUAAUCAGUUAUUUCCCAUGUAAUCAGUUACUCCCCCGAGUGUGAUUGUAGGUCAUCAAACAAUGCCUCAAGCCACUGAUUAUAUCUCUGUCUAUAAAUAUAACUCAUCUAUCAAAUUGAUUUUACCCAGCUGCAUACACCAAAGGAUCGAGGAAAACACGUUUAAGUUAUUGCCUUAGGAAGUGAAUUGAAUGUAAAAGAUUGAUGCACUGAGGACAAAUAGCCUAUGUGAGAAUUAGUAGAAAACGUAAAACACAAUUUAACAAGAGUCCGUCCCCAACUGUCAGAUAAUCUCUGUGUAGAGUUAGUUUAGUUUGAUACUGAUGGAGUAAAUACAUAGAGCAAGAUGAAGUUUCAACUGCACUGAGGGGCCUAUGAAACAUUACAAAUGUUUGUCUUAAUUAAUUGUAAUUAUUUAGAGAACAAGACAAUUCUAGUCAAGAUUUGCCCAUGACCCUGACACUAUCUUGAUUUAGAAUUACGCUGCAGGCUUUGUGAUCCUGUUCGUGCAAACGAUUGUUGAUUUGUCUUUGCUAACAUCAGUUAAUGCAAAACUUUUGUUAUUUCAUCUCAGUGUUUUAAGAGUUGUUAUUUAUUUAAUUUAUUAUUGGCUAAGUUUUAAAAUGUAAUCUAGUCUCUUAAAGAUAUACAAUAUGAAAGGUACGUGUAUAAUCGGCCAAACUUCAUUUCAAAAGCGCGUUGUUUUAAAAUAAUGUCUUAUGUUCAGAUUUGAUCUUUAUAGCUUAUUGGUUUCUAUUGAUUUAAAUAGAACUCUAUGUAGUGUACUGUAAACUUCUGCUCAGUCCGUCCUCCCUAGCCAAGUAAAACUCAACUCCACGAUGUACUUCACAUCAAUGGAGUUGAGCGGAGAUGAGAGUGGAAGGACUGGAGCUCCGAUGGCACAAAGGUUUUUAACAAAAACGACGGAUUUCAGCACCAACAAAAUAGCCCAGGGAGGGGUCUGUGGAUCUCUCAGUCCGUUCAUUCAUAAGUUAGUCACGUUAUAUCUCAGACAGCUGCAUCAUUCGUGGGGGCUACAUGUUUACUGUUGCCUUGUUUUAUGUGAUUUUGGAGCUCCAGUUCGCCCACACUAGUCGCUGUUGAACUCUGUUGAUGUGAGGUACACAGGGGAGUUGAGUUUUACUUAGCUAGUCCUCCCCAGCAUUUUGUGUAGAACCACAAAUGGAGCCCUAGCGACUGCUUGAAUGUGCUAGAAUAUCUUCAGGCUUGUGAAGUGAGACACUUUCCUAACCUUACAUUUUUUUCUCUUUUUAAAACACUGUACUAUAAUUAUAAAAAGCUUUGUAACAGGGUGAAUGGUUGGAAGAAAUAUGCAUGAGUAAUAAGCUUUUUUUCUCUUUUUAAGGAUUGGGGAAAUCUGUUCUUAUCUGCCAAAACAACAACUCAAGGCUGUGCUAAUAGAAAUGAAGACAUGCAUUAAGAGUUGCUUGUUCCUUGAGGUGUUGCCAGCUACGCCAUAAUGGCAUGGAGUGAAAAGUUAAACUAAAGGCCCUAUCUUCUGACAAUGUUGGCAAUUUUAAGAUCUUUAAAUCUACUUCAUCAUAGUCCAUGGCCCUAGCUACUCAAGGAGGAUAUGUAAUACCACGGCCUACCACAGGUCUAUAUAAAGCAGUGGUCGGUAUGCCAUUUGUGGUUGCAAGAUGGCAGCACCUCUGCCAAAUCCCUACGAGUCAGGUAAAGCUCUGUAUAGAUACGCCUUGAGAAGAGUAAAACACGGGGGAGAGUGACUGUUUUGGGUAUGAGUUGGGGUGUGAAAGACAAAAAAACAAGACACAUUUAAAGCCAGGACAAAUUAUGAUAAUUGUAAAUGUGAAGCCAUGAACAGAACAAUAGAAAACAGAUGUUCAAACACCAAUCGUCUACAUCAACCAAACGAUUUAAUGACCAUGCCUAUAGGGAGGCCACCAACAUACUACAACCGUCCACCACUCAGAACAAACGGUCACUGGUUAAGUAAAAACUCACAUAGGCAAAAUAUUACAGUCAACCAACCAGGGCCUGGGACUUAGUUACUGCCUCCACAACAGGUCUCCAUGGCAACACAUUUAUCCAGUUGUCCUGUACAGCUCUGCAACCGGAUACUUUAAUCAUAAGCAUGACCAUCCUGCUGUUCAACCACAAACUAUAGUGACCGACCGACCACACACACCACUCUUUCUUGAUCUUUCCUCACUCAACUACUGUACUGUAUUCCUUGCUCUAUCUUUCUCUAUUUUGGGUGAUUGUUAAUACUGUCUGUCUGCAACUGUGUGGUAUAAAAUUGUCUUGUGAUCUCUGCAUCCUCUCCUUUUCCAAACUCAUAUCUAAUGUAGCGGUUAGUUUCAAGUGAAAGUAUUAUUUAGUGCUUUUCUGAUAUUUGUGUGCAAUGUCUCCUCUCCCUCCUAUGGGACAUUUGAUGUAAAGCCUACUAUUAAAACCUACAAAACAAGAGCCACAAACUCUUGUGGAAAAUCAUGAA